AUUCUCUUGUGUAAAUAACUAUUUAUAGAGAAUAUUUUUAUAUUUCAUAUAGAAAUAUUAAAAAAUAUUUUUAUAUUUCACUUCUAUUAAGUUAAGUAAGUUCAUGUCUUACACAAACAGUUUGAUAAAAGCGACUUGUUAUCAAACAUUUCAAGUAAUUCACUCGACAGAAGAUUCCGACCUUAGUGUUUAUAUAUUCUAGCAAAAACUUGAACGUUUGCCAAGAAUUAGCUGAUCAGUGUGUUCAGGCGGAUGUGUGUGUGUGACAGUUCAUCAAGAUGUCCUUCAAAUUAGAUUUUCAUACGCAUAUCCUUCCACCGGAAUGGCCAGAUUUAAAACAGCGCUACGGUUACGGAGGUUGGUUGCGAAUAGAGCAUUCUCUUCGAGACAAACAAAAAGCUACCUUGUACAAAGAUGACGGUCAAUUUUUCAGAGCUAUUGAAAGUAAUUGCUGGUCUCCCGAAGAAAGAAUCGAGGAUAUGAACAAAACAGGUGUGAAUGUCCAGUUGCUUUCCACUGUUCCAGUGAUGUUUAACUAUUGGGCAAAACCUGAAGAUACAUUAGAUCUGUGUCGCUUUCUAAAUGACCACUUGGCUUCUGUAGUGAAGGCAUAUCCUAAACGGUUCAUUGGAGCGGCUACAGUUCCCCUACAGAAUCCAGAACUGGCCGCUGAAGAACUCAAGAGAUGUGUUGGAACUCUAGGUAUUCCAUCGGUCAUGAUUGGAUCGCAUGUCAAUCAGUGGAAUUUAGACGAAAGGAAGCUGGACCCUUUCUAUAAGACAGCUGAAGAUUUGUCUUGUCCAGUAUUCAUUCAUCCGUGGGACAUGGAGACUGGUGGAAGAAUGAGCAAAUACUGGUUGCCUUGGCUAGUAGGCAUGCCCGCUGAAACAACCGCUGCCAUUUGCAGCGUAAUAUUCGGAGGUGUCUUGGAGAGAUUUCCAAAUCUAAAACUUUGUUUCUCGCACGGGGCAGGCGCUUUUCCUUACACACUGGGAAGGAUUGAACAUGGAUUUCAGAUGAGACCAGAUUUGUGUGCAGUAGAAAAUAAUGUGCCUCCUCAUCAAUAUUUACCAAGAAUAUAUUCCGAUGCUUUGGUUCACAGUGCAGAUGCCCUUGAUCUUCUUUUGAAAGUCUUAGGUGAAGAUAACAUUUUAUUAGGAUCUGACUAUCCUUUCCCUCUUGGUGAACAUGUUCCAGGAAAAUUAAUUGAAGAUUCUUCAUGUAUGAGUAGAACUACAAAGGAUAAAACUCUGGGUAUAAAUGCUUUAAAAUUCUUAGGCUUGGAAUUAAAAGAUUUUAUUUGAUAUGGAUACAACAGCAUCAAAAUUCAUAACAGUAGUUGGUCUGAUUUCAUCAGGAAGCUGUUCAACAUUACCUGCAUAAUAAGGAUAAUAUUUUGUAAUAAAUAACAUAUCUCAUGAGAUCAUAUAUUAUAAAUAUUAUAUAAAGUUAUAAAAGAUAUUAGAACUUUUUAAAAACAUAGAAAUACAGUUAGAUACUUUUAUUUCUAAUUUUAAUUAGAGAAUUAAAUUUUAUAUGUAAGUGUAUUAUAAUUCACAAAAAUAUUUUUAAUUAAAAUUUUAAAGAAUGA